GUGCGUGCACCGAGUCCUCAGCCGCUGGGUGAGAAUGAGCUCCGAGGUGUUUGGCGAGAAAAGCGCGCAAAGGGCCACGGACGGGGCUGAGAGCAGGCCUCAGAGCAAGAAGAGAGAGGACUACCUGGAGUGGCCUGAAUAUUUCAUGGCGGUUGCCUUCCUGUCAGCUCAAAGAAGCAAGGAUCCAAGCUCGCAGGUUGGCGCAUGCAUUGUAAACCCAGAGAACAAGAUAGUCGGCAUCGGCUACAACGGGAUGCCCAACGGCUGCGAUGAUGAUCUGCUGCCCUGGAGUCGCGAGGCGCCCGACAGGCUAGACACCAAGUACCCUUACGUGUGUCAUGCGGAGUUGAACGCCAUUAUGAACAAGAACUCGGCAGAUGUGAAGGGCUGCACCAUGUACGUGGCCCUGUUCCCCUGCAACGAGUGCGCCAAGCUCAUCAUCCAGGCAGGUAUAAAGGAGGUGAUUUAUUUAUCAGACAAGUAUCAUGAUACCCCUGAAAUGACCGCCUCCAGACGGCUGUUUAACUUGGUUGGGAUCACAUACAGGGAGUUUAAGCCAAAACACAACAUGAUCGUCAUUGACUUCAAUUCAAUUAACCACCCAGGAAUGGGCAGUAUGACCGGAUCAGUCCACUCACCUUAAAUGACCAAUGCUUUCGUUUCACCCUCUCAUCUGCAGAAAAAAUUACAUCAAAUCUCUUUAUAGAACAUUUAAGACAUUUUCAUUUCAGGAUUCUGUUACUUUGUGGGAUUACUUUGGCAGCUUUUGGCAAAGAAACCAUAGUGUUACACAUGACUAAUUCUAAAGACCCUUUAUCACUUUGGAUAGAUGUUGUACAUAUUUUUAAUAGCUUGAAAAGUAGAAAUAAUUGGUGGGUUAAAGUAAAGGUAGAUUUUUUUUUUUUUUUUUUUUUUUCCCCUCCUCCUCUCUCUUUCCUGCCCUGCUUUGGCAUAUUGAAAAGCGUGAUAGUCAUGUUUUCAAGUUCCUGUAUGUGUACUUUUUCUUUUUGAAUGUAUCUUUACUUUGUGUAAUUCCUUAAAUAAAUUUAAAUGAAUAAUUGUU